AUGGCGCCCCUCGUCCCGUCGCAUGAAGAGCUUGAGCGCAGAAGGAUCGUCGACAUCAAUGCCGAGACGGUCUCCAAUAUUCCCUCCACAGAUUUCCCAGGUCACUGGCCAGGCGAGUCGCACGCAUGGUCCCUCGAAAAGUUCCGAGAGGGCUUCCGGGUCGAAUUUCACCAAAACAAGCAGUUUGAAUCUUCCUUCUCCCUCAUCGGUCUCGACGCCUCUAUCGCGAACGCAUUUCGGCGAAUUGUAAUGGCCGAAGUCCCAACCCUUGCUAUCGAGACAGUCUACGUUCACAACAACACUUCCGUGAUUCAAGAUGAGGUUCUUGCGCAGCGUCUGGGUCUUAUUCCCCUCAAGGGUUCAGUCGAGGGCCUCAACUGGAUGCGCUGGUAUAAAAAGCCAACCGAUGACGACCCUGAGAGCGGUAGCAACUUGUCGGAUUUCAAUACCGUUGUGCUGCGCCUAGACAUCGAAUGUACCAAGAACCCGAAUGCGUCCCGCGACGAGCAGGAUCCCCGCAAGCUCUACAAAAACGCCCAUGUCUAUGCUAAGGAUAUUGUUUUCCACCCCGUCGGACGUCAGGAGCAAUUUUUCACCGGAGACGGCGCUAUCCAACCGGUCAAUCCCGAUAUCCUUGUUGCUAAGCUGCGCCCGGGCCAGAAGAUCGAAAUGGAAAUGCACUGUCUUAAGGGUAUCGGAGCGGAUCACGCCAAGUUUUCGCCUGUAGCGACCGCGAGCUACCGGUUGAUGCCGGACAUCAAGAUCCUGCGCCCGAUCAUUGGCGAGGAUGCGAAGAAAUUUGCGAAGUGCUUCCCCAAGGGUGUCAUCGCUCUUGAGCCCAUCACUGCUGAGGACGAGCGGCAAAACUCUGAAUACGAGGGACAUUCUGGCGAGCUCAAGGCAGUAGUUAGCGAUCCCUUUAACGAUACUGUCAGCAGAGAAUGUUUGAGACACGAGGAGUUCCAGGGCAAAGUCAAGCUGGGCCGACUGCGCGAUCACUUCAUCUUCAACAUCGAGAGCACAGGGCAGUUUGACAGUGACGUUCUCUUCCUCGAAAGCGUCAAGGUGCUUAAGCUGAAAUGCGGCCGGUGGAAGAGAGGCCUGACGGACCUCAUGCGAUAA